AUAAGUAUUUGCGCUAUUAAGUUCUGCACGUGUUAAGUUGAAAUUAUAAUUAACGUUGAAUUAAUAGGAAUAUAUAACAUAAUUUUAAAGAAUGGGUAAAAUUAAAACAGAACCUGUUGACGAAAGCGUUGUGCAGACCAUAGAAAUGGGUUUGAUCAAAGUUAAAGAGGAAGAAAGCUACGACGAUAAAUUAAAAUAUGUAAACUCCAUUGCUAGCCCAAUGGCCAGCAAGAAAUUAUCAAAAAAGUGUUAUAAACUUGUUAAAAAGGCUAUAAAACAUAAAACUUAUGUACGCAAUGGUUUAAAAGAUGUUCAAACACGUUUACGUAAAGGCGAAAAAGGGGUCGUGAUCUUUGCCGGCGAUGUUACGCCUAUCGAUAUUAUGUGUCAUUUACCUGCUGUUUGUGAGGAGAAAAGUAUACCUUAUAUUUACACACCCAGCCGCGCUGAUUUAGGUGCUGCUAUGGGCGUCAAACGCGGUACCAUAGCUUUAUUAAUACGGGAAAACCAAGAAUAUCAGGACUUAUACGAUGAUGUUAAAAAAGAAUUGACACAAUUAAAUUCACCGCUAUGAAAAACAAAAUGGAAGAAUUGCAAUUUUCGUGUUAAUGCCUAUCGCUAUAAUAUAGAUCUGGUAGCAGAGGUCAUUUGCAAAUAUUGUCUACGUCUGUCGUUUCAAAAUAACUUGAACUUUUGGUUUGUUCUGAUCAUAACUUUGUUCCUUAUUUCUAAUAUCAAAAUCCUUGGAUUAAUGGACCCGCUACAAGUAGAAUAAGAACAUUGUCUUGGUAAUGGAUUGCAUUAAUUGAAAACAGUCUUUUUUUUUUCCGUUGGGGGUUUGCCCCAAUUUUUAG